AUGCAUAGUUUGGCCAGAUUCUCCUUUAUCAGGGCCCUUAGUCCCUUGAAGCACGCAAGCAUAUCGCGUGCCGUGUCAUCAUUUACCCCGGGAUACGUUGGAGUGGCUCACAAAUUAUCAACCAUCUCAACUCGAUGCCCUACGCUAGUACGCGCGAAUUCAUCUGUUGCAGCCAAUGUCGGGGCCGCGUCCGGUAGCAGCACAAACGAGGAUCCAUGGCCUGUCCACUUGAAACAUUCUAAGUGGGAGUCGUUGCAGCUCGGUCAUGCAGGUCAAAACAGCAACUUUGGAACAUUUUGGCUCCGGGACAACUGCCAAUGCUCUAAAUGUAUCCAUCCAGACACAAGACAACGAACUGUUGAUACGUUCGCGAUCCCUGAUGAUGUCCGUAUCAAGAACCUCAGAUAUGAAAUUGAAGGUGUGGAAGUAGACUGGUCGGACGGGCAUUGUGCCUAUUAUCCAUUCUCGUGGCUCAAGAGCCAUUCCAACAAGCCUGUUACGAAGUUGGAAUCAAACCCCGAAUUGACUUUCCGAAAGAUCAAGUCAUACGUUCCAGGCAGAGACAGUACAUUUCCAACAUUUCCUUACUCAGAUAUCAUGGCCGACGAUGGUGCUCUGCGUGACUGGCUUGAAGGAAUUUACGACUGGGGAUUUGCUUUUGUACAAGGAGUUCCUACCAACCCCGAAUCAACCGAAGCUCUCCUAAAGAGGAUUGCUUUCAUCAGAAACACUCAUUACGGUAAGGCAACAUCAUUGGCCUUUCCUGAUACCGCAUACACGACGGAAUUUCUCGGUGCACAUACGGACAACACCUAUUUUACCGACCCUGCGAGGCUCCAGCUCUUCCACCUUCUAUCCCAUACCGAUGGAGAUGGCGGCGCCAGCCUGCUUGUUGACGGUUUCCGGGCUGCUUCGAUUCUCCGUGAAGAGAGCCCGCAAGACUUCGAGGUAUUGAUGUCGACGAACCAUCCUUACCACUCGAGUGGCAAUGAGGACGUAUGCGUGCAACCGGCGGAGCAAGCUCCCGUUCUUAAGGUUCACCCUGAACUACAACGGCUAUAUCAAAUUCGCUGGAACAAUUAUGACAGAGCCGCCAAGAAGAACUGGAACUGGGAGGACCAGGUAAAAUGGUAUACGGCAGCACGGCACUGGGACGAGAUCAUCCGUCGUAAAGACAUGGAGAUCUGGACACAGCUUGAACCAGGGACAGCCCUCAUAAAUAACGAUGACUUCAUUUCACGAUACCGUUUACUCAAAUUCGGUCGCGAGGAGGUACUAAGAAAUAUUGGCAAUGAUCAGUGGUCUCUGGAAAACCCCAACUACUACCUUUGA